AUGACACGAGUAUUGAAACAAGCCAUGAAUCCACGUGCUAACGAAUUUAUACCUGAUCGCAAUGUAUCGUAUGAUAUACCAACAAAUCACCUGACGCAAAAACAAAAAAAUAUACUUCACGAAAUCACUAUGGAAUGGUUUGCGACACCAACUUUAGAUGAGCUACUACUUAGAUGGGAAACAAGAAGUAAACAAACCAAGGAGAUGAUGCGGAUUAAAAGUGAAUUAAAAAUAAUGUUAUUAAACGUUAGCAGUUUAUCAUUAUAUUUACCGAACAUUCUUGUCCUAUUAGAAAAUGUUUCUUGCCCAAUUAUUGUUUUUAAUGGAAUACACCACGAUGAUGAAGCUAUCAAAACCUUUUCAAAACACUUUAGUAAUUACAACAUUUAUUCACAAGAAGGAACAAAUAAAUUUGGUGGGAUACUGACAGCGGUACAUCGUUCAAUUACAGUACAACGAGUAAACGUUUUCCAAAAAAUGCCAAAUGUUUUAGCUCUGGACAUUGGCACUUCUCACGGCAAAUUCCAAUUAGCAACAUGUUAUUCACCACCAAAUGAAAGUCUACCGUUGGCUCUUUUUGAACAAAUCAUAAAGCGAAACAAAAAUACAAUUCUUCUAGGAGACUUCAAUGCGAAACAUCAAUCAUGGUCAAAAUCAAAUGAAAAUCAAAAAGGUCGUGUGCUGUUCAACUGGUUAUCAGCAAAUUCGCUAAUGGUAGUUAACAAAGGUGUACCAACAUCCACUCGAUCAAGUGCAAAAAUUGACUUAAUAUUAACAUCAGCAAAUCUGAUUGGAACAUCGUCUUCUUUUUCUGUUCUUCCUUCUAUGGGAAGUGAUCAUUUUCCAGUGAUUUGGGUACCUACUAUUAAAUUGAUCAAAAGUGACUGCCAAUAUCCGGUAAAGCGUACAUACUGA